CCUCAACGACGCAGCAUGCCCGCCCUACUGGGGCCAUGCAUUGUUUGCACCUCGUCUUCCUCCAAAUACAAGUGUCCGGCAUGCCAGGCGCCUACUUGCUCUCUCCCAUGCCAUAAGAGGCACAAGGCUGAGGCGUCGACAUCAUGGGUACCUAUGCGCAGUUACGACUCUUCUCAGUUCCUCAAAGAUUAUCACUUCCUCUCUCAGAUUGGUCGACAUGUAUCCGCAGCAGGAAAGGAGCUCGUCUCCCGUGGUUUAAUGCCUCCUCAACCCGCAUCAGACAGCACUGCAGGGCCCUCACAACAACGUCGUCCGCCUCCGAUCGACCCGGCAAAGCAUCGUGCUCGGAAGCAGCGCGAAGCUCUCGAGGACGCCGUGCGCUCUCGCCGGUGCAAGGUGUUGUGGUUGCCAGAGGGCAUGGCCAGACGCGAAGAAAACCGGACGGUGUGGCAUGACAAGGGCAAGAGGGUACGUUGGACUGUGGAGCUGGUGUGG